GUACAAAAUAUUAUCAUCUCUUCUAAUUAUCUUCUAAUUAGAGAUGUUUGCAGAAACUCUUCGUUUGGCUGUUGCUGUUCUUGGCAAUGUUGCCUCAGUUUCACUUUAUGCUGGGCCAAUUGUUACAUUUAGAAGUGUUAUAAGGAAGAAAAGCACAGAGGAAUUUUCAUGCAUUCCUUACAUGAUAGGAUUGUUGAACUCUCUCCUUUUCACAUGGUAUGGGUUACCUGUGGUAAGCAACAAAUGGGAAAAUUUUCCUGUUGUAACCGUUAAUGGAGUUGGAGUUGUUCUUGAAUUUUCCUACGUUGUUAUUUAUUUAUUGUAUUGUUCGCCCAAAACAAAGGUGAAAGUAGCUGUGAUUUCCACAUUUGUUGUAGCUGUGUUCUGCAUAACUGCAGCAGUUUCGGUUUUCGCCUUACAUGAAACUCGUCGUCGAAAGUUACUUGUUGGUAGCAUAGGGUUAUGUGUUUCUGUUGCAUUAUACGGUUCUCCUCUGGUUGCAAUGAAGAAAGUUAUAAAAACAAAGAGUGUGGAGUUUAUGCCAUUACCGUUAUCUCUAUGUGCUUUCUCAGCUAGUGUAUUAUGGUUAGGUUAUGGAAUUCUCAUUCGGGAUGUGUUUGUUGCGGGUUCAAGUGUGGUUGGAACUCCAUUGAGUAUUUUGCAGCUUGUGAUUUACUUCAAAUACAGGAAAGAGAGAGUUGUGGAUGAAGCUGAAAUUGAGGAUUUGGAAAAGGGUGGGUUAGAGUUAGAGAAGGUAGUGGAGUUGGAGUUGGAGUUGGAGUUGGGGAAAGAGGAAAAGAUUGUCACAAAUUGUGAACAACAAUAAAACUAAUUACAUUUUAGAGAUACGAAUAAGGUGUCGGUGUUAAAAGUAAUGUUAUCAUAUCUUUUCUCUUUUA